UUAAAACCCAAAAAAAAAAAAAAAAACUUUAUUUAAAAUAAAUAAAAAUUCUCCUUGUCUCUCUUUACAAUUUUCUUACUGAUAUGAUUCCAUAUGGAUUGGAUGUACCAAUUGAGAUAUGUACUAGUACUACUAACUUUUAAGAUACUUUUGUUCCUGUUUGUUUAAGGGUAUUUUUUUUUCCCACUUUUCAUUACAUAUUUACAUGUAAAUUUGGUUGAAAAAAAAAAUUGAAAGAAAACAUGAAUCUUGGUACUGCUCCUUCUAGAGUUUCAGACCGACAGUUUCCAGCAGGUUUAAGAGUACUUGUUGUUGAUGACGAUCCUCCUUGUCUUAGGAUCUUGGAAAAGAUGCUUAGGAAGUGUCACUAUGAAGUCACCAAGUCUAAUCGAGCGGAGAUUGCAUUAUCAAUGCUCCGGGAAAACAGAAAUGGUUUCGACAUCGUUAUUAGUGAUGUCCACAUGCCAGACAUGGAUGGUUUCAAACUUCUCGAGCAUGUUGUUGUGGAAAUGGACCUGCCUGUUAUAAUGAUGUCUGCGGAUGACAGUAAGGAUGUCGUUAUGAAAGGGGUUACUCACGGUGCAUGUGAUUAUUUGAUCAAACCGGUGCGCAUCGAGGCAUUGAAGAACAUUUGGCAGCAUGUGAUUCGUAAAAAGAAGCACGAGUUUCCCAAGGACAGAGAUUUUGAUCAGUCAACAAGCGUAGAAGAUAAUGGAGAUCGACAGCAGAAACCACCAGAAGAUGUUGAUUAUUCAUCUUCAGCUAACGAAGGGAACUGGAAAAUCUCAAAGAGAAGGAAAGAGGAGGAAGAUGAAAACGAAGAAAGGGAUGAUUCAUCCACAUUAAAGAAGCCACGUGUGGUUUGGUCGGUCGACCAUCAUCAACAGUUUGUACAAGCUGUCAAUCAACUUGGAAUUGAUAAGGCUGUUCCCAAGAAAAUUCUUGAACUGAUGAAUGUUCCCGGGCUAACCAGAGAAAAUGUUGCUAGUCACCUUCAGAAAUAUCGGCUGUACCUCAGGAGGUUGAGCGGUGUAUCACAGCAUCUGAGUGGACUGAAUAACUCGUUCAUGGGACACCCCGAAGCGACAUACGGGACGAUGACUUCUUUCAACGGGCUUGAGCUUCAGGCUUUAGCUGCCACCGGUCAAUUACCAGCGCAAAGUCUUGCUACCCCUCAGGCAGCUACGCUCGGUCAGUCCGCCAUAUCUAUGCCUCUAGUAGAUCAAAGAAACCUUUUCAGCUUUGAAAAUCCCAAGUUGAGAUUUCCAGAGGGACAACAACAACAAUUAAAUAAUAGCAAUAAGCAAAUUAACUUGCUUCAUGGGAUCCCAACGAUCAUGGAACCGAAGCAGCUAGCAGACUUGCACCAGUCCUUUGUGGCUGUGAAUAUGCAAGGGUGCCCCAGAAUGCAACAAAGUAACGCUCUAUUAAUGCAUAUGCCUCAACAACAACCGUCUAAUGGUCAAGUUUCACGGCCACCAUUGUCCAUGUCACAACCUUUGUCGUCAAAUGGGAUAAGAAAUAGCAUUGUUGAAAAUCCAGCCUCCCAAGCAUAUUCAGUGGUAGAUGUCUCGCUGAAUCAAAAUGCAGAGUUGCAAAAUAACGGUUUUCAUCUAGUGAGUAAUAAUUCCGGGAAAAGAUUGCUUCAAGAAGAGGUUAAUUCUGAUAGUAAAGGAUUCCCUGCGGGUUGCGAUAUUUUCCAAGAAUUGCAUCAGCAAAAAUCACAGGAUUGGGGCUUACCGAAUGUUGGAUCAACCUUCAGUGCCACAGUUUUAAUUAAAUUCUUUAUCCUUUUAAAUUUAUUUUUACUUUUAAUGUGGAAUUAUGCAGUGUAUUAGAAUAAUAAAGAUGUGUAAGGAGAUGACACAACAUGCAAUGUUUCAAGAGUUUGUAAUACAAAAUAUUGAAAAUAAUUGUCUUAA